AUGUCGGGUCUCCAGGACGACUGGGCCGCGGGGGUGGGGUGGCAGGCUGGGCGGCGCCGGGGCCGAGGAGGCGAGCGGGACCGACACCGCGACCCUCGCCCGAAAGCGCCCGCCCGAUCCCCGGAGCGCGAGCUGGAACCUCGGCGGGCGGGCGGCACCCCGCAGGCGGCGGCGCCUCUCAGGGGUCGUCCCCAUGCAGCUGGCGGAGAAGGUGUCAGCCAGGUGCGGCGACUCGGCGGCCCGGCGGCCCAGGUGGGCCUGGGAGCGGCGGUGUCCGGGGCCUUCGACGACGGUCGCGUCCCCAUUGCCCUGCCGCGCAGCGCGCCCUGGCCCGGCCUCCAGAAAGGCCUUCGUGCACGUGGGGGCCUGGCCCGCGCGGGCCCCGCAGGCCGCCGCUGCCCGGCUCACUCCCGCCUUCCUCCCCGCGCCUGCUCUAGCUCCGUGAGUCUCGCCGAGGUGUGGGACCAGAGGGCGAUCGGGAGCUACCACGAGCUGUUCGCGGCCUCGUUGGGCAACCUGGAAUGGUUGCGGUUCUGUCUAAAUCGGCACCGGCACCGGGGGAAAAUCCCGGCCGGUGACAAGGGUUUCACUGCCAUCCACUUUGCAGCCCAGAGCGGCAAGCUUGCAUGCCUGCGGGUCUUGGUAGAGGAGUACAAGUUUCCCGCGGACCUGCCCACCAACAAUGGCCAGACACCUCUACACCUUGUCAUCCGCAGUGACAACAAGACCACGGCCCUGCCCUGCAUUCACUAUCUGAUUAAGCAAGGGGCGGCCCUCAACACUCAGACAUGCAACGGCUCCACACCCCUGCACCUGGCAGCCCGCGAGGGCCUGCUGAGCUGUGUGAAGGUCCUGGUGCAGAAAGGUGCCAAUGUUCAUGCCCAAGAUGCCAUGGGCUGCAAGCCCAUCGACUACUGCAAAAUAUGGAACCACCGCAUCUGUGCCCGGUUCUUGAAGGAUGCCAUGUGGAAACAGGACAAGAAGGACUUUGCCCAUGAGAUGGGGAAACUGAAGAGGCUCAAGAACCAGCUGGCCCUCAUGGAGGAGGACUACCUGACUGAGUAUCAAAAAGAGCACCAAAUUCUGAGAGAAGCUGCCUUCAAGAAGUGGCUCCAUCGCAAGCUGCCGUCCCAAGGCCCAUCCCUGAGCCGCAACACUCAGGGAGAGCCCCGUCCUCCACCCCAGGCCACUGUGCUCUCCAAGACCCCCAGGCACGGGGCACUGUGGCCUCCCAAGAGCUUCUACCCCUCCCAAGAGGCGCGCCUGCGGCAGACACCGCAGCCCAGUCAGCCCUGGGUGAUGCCUAUACCCACCUGCAAGCAGCUCAUGGUCAGGCGGCCCAAGGUGUGGAAUCUCAGCAACAACCCUCUCAGGUCCCCCACCGCCCAGAUCGGCUACCCGCAGGGCAUCCACCUGGGCGUGCAUCCCGACCCCAGGCCGGAGCACGACUUCCGCUGCUUCCUCGAGGUGAGGUCCGACGGGCACGGCGGUGCGCUCCUGCGCACGGUGGCCGGCAACCAUGUGGCGCCUGUGCCCCGGCUGCCUUUAGAGGUGAUAAUCCGUGAGCUGUACCCGUCGCUGCAGCCGUGCAGGAUGAAGGUACCCCAGGGCUUCUGUUCUGUCACCAUGAGAGAGGUGCCCCGGAAGCGGCGCCUGGGCGAUGGCACCUUCUGGACCGACACUCUGAGCAUGAACCUGCGAGAGACGUUUGACGAAGGCUUCCUGGCAGCCGUGCGAGCCCAUCAAGGGCUCCCCACUCUGCCCUCCCCCAAACUACCCCCCACUUAA